CCGCAGAUUCGUCGCUUCGCGUUGGUGGGAAGAAACCCGGGCGGAGGAGCGUCCCUGGCCCACGGGAUUAGGGAACCCUGCGCGCGCUCGACCCUCUGCCCCCGUCAGCGGCGGGGCCACGGGGCCCCUCCCCCACCGCCUCCAACUGGCUAAAUCUCGACUCUGUGCCGAAAGUGGGAGGCUGCGGGCGGCGCCUCGUUUACUUCCCGCAGCAGGAGCGACUGAGUCGACGUGGAAGCUGGUGGCGGUGGCGGCGGCGGCGGCACCAUGGGUGGCUUUUUUUCCACUAUCUUUUCCAGUUUGUUUGGCACUCGGGAGAUGAGAAUCUUAAUCUUGGGACUAGAUGGGGCAGGAAAAACAACAAUUCUGUACAGGCUACAAGUUGGUGAAGUUGUUACCACCAUCCCCACAAUUGGUUUCAAUGUUGAGACAGUAACAUACAAGAAUCUAAAGUUUCAAGUCUGGGACUUGGGAGGACAGACAAGUAUCAGGCCAUAUUGGCGGUGUUACUAUUCAAAUACAGAUGCAGUCAUUUAUGUAGUAGACAGCUGUGAUCGAGACAGAAUUGGCAUUUCAAAAUCAGAACUUGUUGCUAUGUUGGAGGAAGAAGAGCUGAAAAAAGCCAUUUUAGUGGUGUUUGCAAACAAACAGGACAUGGAGCAGGCCAUGACUCCCACAGAAAUGGCAAACUCACUUGGCCUACCAGCUUUGAAGGACAAAAAGUGGCAGAUUUUCAAAACCUCUGCAACCAAAGGCACUGGGCUUGAUGAGGCAAUGGAAUGGUUGGUGGAGGCCUUGAAGAACCGGCAGUAAAAACAACCUUGCCACAUGAUGGUUAAACACAUCCAAGCAUCCCUUUCGUCAAGCAAGUUAAUGCCACGUACUGUAAAUAGGACUGAGGGAAUUGACUGUUGUAAAGGGGGCUGACUUGUCUUGUAAACAUACACUGAACCAACUGAAUGUCUGUCUGUAUUAUAUUAAAAUACUCCUUCCUUGCUCUCCUUUGUUACGGUAUGUACUUAUGUUAAUUUGUAUGGAAGACUUAAUUGACAAUAGACUGAGACAGGUUAAAAUAAAUUUUUGUUAUGAAUUUUA